AUGGACGAUUCCGAGGACGAGUUCCAGCCCAACGACGACGACGACGACGAUGACGCGGAGGAAGACGAUGUUUUCGAGGCUGCCGAUGGCCCCGAGGCCGGCGCCAGCGACAGCGACGGCGGCGGCUCGGCAGACGCAGACGAGGCGCCACAGGAAGACUUGAGCAUCCAGGAAAUCGAGCCUGCGCCCACGCCCGCACGACCACGGAGGGCGCCGGCGGCCAAAAACUCCCCUUCGCCGCCCGCACAGGCAGCCGAGGGCACGGGCGUGCAUGCGGACGACGUUCUCCAGACGAUCCCGGACGCGGCGCUCCCCGAGGCGCCGGAGAGCGAGGGCAAGUUGAACUACUUUGCCUUGAAGAGCAAGCAGCAGAGCGUGGCGGCGCCCAGCGGCGCCGUGGAGCUCCCCGAGGCCGCGCCCAACUGCUUGGGCGGGCUCACGCUCGUAUUCACGGGCGUGCUUCCGAACCUCGACCGCGACGCCAGCGAGUCCGUGGCCAAGCGCUACGGCGCGCGUGUCACCAAGAGCAUACUGAAGAAAACCAGCUUGGUGGUCGUGGGCGACGAGGCCGGCCCGGCCAAGGUCAAGAAGAUCCGCGACCUCGGCAUCAAGGCCAUCGACGAGGCCGGCUUCAUCGAGCUCUUGGCGCGAAUGCCCGCCGACGGCGGCGCCAGCGCCAGCGCCCAGGCCGCCAAGCGCAAGAGGGAGGAGGAGGAGCAGGCUAUUUUGGCGCAAGCGCGCGCGGAGGAAACGGCCGAGCGGGAGCGCGAGGCCAAGCGGCAGAAACCAGAGGCCAAGCGGGCCCGGGCCCAGGCGCCGGGCGGAGGCGGGGCCGCGAGCACGGCGGCGCCGUUGCCGCCGGCGCCAAGGCGCGAGGUGCCAAACAGCGAGAAGUUGUGGACGGUCAAGUAUGCGCCGGACAGCUUGGCGCAGAUCUGCGGCAACAAGGGCCAGGUGGCCAAGUUGCGCAGCUGGCUCCUGCGGUGGUUUGACAACGCCAGGAAGGACUUCAAGGCGCCCGGCGCCGACGGGUCCGGCGUGUUCCGCGCGGCGUUGAUCUCGGGGCCGCCCGGGAUCGGCAAGACCACCGCGGCGCACCUUGUGGCGAAGGAGUUGGGCUUCGACGUGCUCGAGAAGAACGCGUCGGACGUGCGGUCCAAGGCGCUCCUCAACUCGGACAUCAAGUCCGUGCUCAACAACACGUCCGUGGUGGGCUUCUUCAAGCACCACCGCGACGCGGCGCCCCACGCGAACGAGCGGCGCUUCUGCCUCAUCAUGGACGAGGUGGACGGCAUGUCCAGCGGCGACCACGGCGGCGCGGGUGCGUUGUCCGCGUUCUGCCGCAUCACCAGGAUGCCCAUGAUCUUGAUCUGCAACGACAAGUCGCUUCCCAAGAUGCGGACGUUCGACAAGGUGACGUUCGGGCUCCCGUUCAAGCGGCCCAGCGAGGUGGAGAUGAAGGCGCGCUUGCUCACCAUCGCGCACCGCGAGCACCUCAAGUUGGACCCCUCGGUCAUCGGCAAGUUGGUGCAGGCCACGGGCAACGACAUCCGCCAGAUCAUCAACUUGAUGUCCACGGUGUCCAAGACGCAGAAGGUCAUUGGCCACGAGAACUCGAAGCAGAUUGCCGACAGCUGGAAGAAGCACGUGAUGUUGAAGCCCUUCGACAUCACCUCCACGUUGUUGGCCGGCCCCAUCUUCAACCCGAGCUCGGGCAGCACCUUGAACGACAAGCUCGACUUGUACUUCAACGACAUUGACUUUGCGCCGUUGAUGAUCCAGGAGAACUACCUCGUGACCAGGCCCCGCGUGCUGUCUCAGCAGGAGCACUUGCGCCGCGUGGCGGCCGCGGCGGACGCCAUCAGCGAGUCCGACCGCAUCAGCUCCUUGAUCCGCUCGAGCGAGCAGCAGUGGAGUCUUCUCCCCUUCCAUGGUGUCAUGUCCACGGUGAAGCCCGCCAUGGAGACCAACGGCUCCAUCAUGGGCCGCAUCAACUUCACCUCCUGGCUCGGCAACUUCUCCAAGACCAACAAGAACAUGCGCUUGCUCCAGGAGUUGCAGUACCACGCCAGGCUCCGCACCUCCACCAGCAAGAGCGACUUCCGUCUUGACUACGUGCCGGUGCUCCGCGACGCGUUGACCAAGCCGUUGUUGUCUCAAGGCGAGGCCGGCAUUCUGGAGGUGAUAGAUACCAUGGACCAGUACUUUUUCAGUAAGGACGACUGGGACAGCGUGUUGGAGCUUGGGGUCGGGGCCAAGACAGGCCCGGACAUCUUGAAGGGCAUCCCCACCAAGGUCAAGUCUGCGUUCACGAGGAAAUACAACGGAAUGUCGCACCCGGUGGCCAUCUACAAGACCGGGAACUCCGUGGGCAGUGGCGCUGCCUCCAAACAGAAGGUUGACUACGAGGAUGUUGUUGAGGACGACACUGCGAAGGACGAAGACGAGCCUGUGGAAGACAGCGGAGAGAUCGACUCGAAAAAGGACAAGCUUAUCAAGAAGCUCCCUGCGGGUAAGAAGACGGCCAAAAAGGGCAAGAAAAAGGCUGCGUGA